AAUUAAAUAAUUUAAAUAAGAGUAAAUUUUAUUCAAAUUUAUAAUUUUAUUUCGAGACGAUAUCGAUGACAGCAGAUGGAGUUUCCCAUUUAUAUUCAAAGUUUGUUUAUGGUCCGGUCAGUCACAUCACUGCCACCUGGAUGGAGGGCGUUAAUAUUUUAACAAUUUCUAGAAAUUAAAUUCAUAAUAAAAUACGCGAAAAGAGUGUGAGUUUGGAAGCAGUUUUGUAGAUGAAACAUAAUAUUUAAAAUGUUUUCCACAGUUCCCAGGUCGCUGUUAUCUUGUACGAACGUUAUAGUCCCGAAUCGGGCGCUAGCGUUCGUGCUAACAAAAUGUCCGGCGCUGGAUAACCCCAGUCUGCAAUGUCGGGAAUACCACGAGGUCACAGGGAACAUUAUCUGCUCCAACGUCGUCCGAGGGAUCGACCAUUUAAGAGAUCCCCGCCUAAAUAAGGGUCUAGCAUUCACCCUUGAGGAACGCCAAGCCCUCGGCAUCCAUGGUCUUUUGGCGGCCAAGUUCAAAACGCAAGAGGAACAGCUUGAUAUCUGCAGAAUAUCUAUCGAUAGAUAUGAGGACAAUUUGAACAAAUACCUCUAUCUCGUCGAGUUACAGGACAGAAAUGAGAAGUUGUUCUUCAGGCUGCUGGCUGAGAAUAUUGAGAAGUACCUGCCAAUCGUAUACACUCCAACUGUGGGCCUCGCAUGCCAGAGGUUCGGGCUCAUCUAUAGGAGGCCCAGGGGACUCUUCAUUACGAUCAAUGACAAGGGGCACGUGUUCAACAUUCUUAAAAACUGGCCAGAACCAGACGUUCGCGCGAUAGUAUUCACCGAUGGCGAGCGAAUCCUAGGUCUGGGCGAUCUAGGAGCUUACGGGAUGGGUAUCCCAGUGGGCAAGCUGUCUUUGUACACCGCGCUAGCAGGAAUCAAGCCGCAUCAAUGUCUACCUAUCACCUUAGACGUCGGGACUGACAAUCAGGACCUGUUAGAAGAUCCACUGUAUAUUGGACUGCGGCAGCGACGCGUACGCGGGAAAGAGUAUGACGAAUUCAUCGACGAGUUUAUGGAAGCUUGCGUACAGAGAUAUGGGCAGAACACUUUGUUGCAGUUCGAAGAUUUCGCUCUCGCGAACGCUGGUCGCCUGCUCAAAAAGUACCGUAACAAAUACUGCACUUUCAACGACGACAUCCAGGGAACGGCCAGCGUGGCAGUCGCAGGGUUAAUGGCCGCCGUCAGAGUCACCAAGAGGAAGCUCAGCGAGAAUAUAUACCUGUUCCUCGGGGCUGGUUCCGCAGCCAAUGGCAUCGCGAACCUCACGGUCGCCGCUAUGGUGGCGGACGGCCUGUCGGAGCGCCAGGCGCGGGAGCGCGUGUACAUGUUCGACGUGGACGGGCUGCUGUCUACCCGGCGGGAGGGCGGGGUGCCCGAACACGCCAAGAACUUCGGCAAGGAUGUGGAGCCGGAGAAAGAUUUUGAGGCGUGCGUCGCUAAGAUCAAGCCGAGCUGUCUUAUUGGAUGCUCGACCGUGGGAGGUGCUUUCACGCCUGUAGUCCUGCAACAGAUGGCAAAGAAUACCGAGAGACCAGUGAUCUUUGCACUGUCGAACCCAACCAGCAAAGCUGAAUGUACCGCGGAAGACGCGUACAACUAUACUGAGGGCCGCUGCGUGUUCGCGUCGGGCUCCCCGUUCCCGCCGGUGGUGUACAACGGCAAGGAGUACCGGACCGGCCAGGGGAACAACUCCUACAUCUUCCCAGGCGUCGCCCUCGGCGUUAUCGCCACGGCCACACAUCAUAUUCCGGAGACCAUGUUCCUGACAGCUGCUAGAACCCUCGCAAACUACGUGAGCGAAGCCGACCUGUCCAUCGGUCGCAUUUACCCAUCCCUGGCGGAACUGAAAGAAGUUUCCGUCGCUAUUGCCAUCGAGGUUGCUAAGAUGGCUUACGAUGAAGGUCUGGCGUCAGUUUAUCCAGAGCCGAAAGACAUAGCAAAGCACAUCGAGAACCAGAUGUACAGCUUCCAUUACGAGAGCGCCAUGCCCGUGGUGUGGGAUUGGAAACCGGAGGAGAAAUUCAACGUACGACCCAUACAACCCGUACCCAAGAAUAUCUAAACAGUAUUAUUAUUUAUACUUAUUUUUUUUUAAUUUGAAUGACACUGUCUCAACUAUGUUCUGUUCAUAUUGGAUUGAGAAAAUUUGUCAACAUUUUUUUUUAUUGUGUGCCAGUGCUUUGCUUUAUCUCUGUUUAAAAUGUUUUGAAGUUUAAAAACUAUGUUCGCUUAUUUUUUUAAUGCUUGGUUUGUUGACAAAUAUUUACUGACCAAUUUGGCUCAAACAAUACAUUGAAUAAGUUUUGGCCUUUAUAACAAUGGAGUGUUCAAUAAUCAUGUAUUUAUUUUACAAUAGUAUUAGAAAAAGUAUUUGAAAAACUUUGUGUUAUUAUAUCAUCGAUGUUUAUUUAUUUAAUUUCUCAUUGUUUUGAGAGGUACAACAAUUUUUCGAGGUGAAAAUUAAGAUCUUUACUAAUUAACCGACUUACUAUGUAGUUUCGCUGUCAUUAUAAUAUAUGUUGGUGUGCAAGGUAGUGAGUAGUAUAAUUGAAGCUUGAUAUAGUAAAUUAAUAAAUAUAUACGGGACAAAUUACACAGAUAGUGUUCAAAGAUUGUCUUUUAUGUAAAUUUGGUGGCCUUUGAAUGUGUUUUUUGAAUGUCCACUAAAUGUCAAGCACACUAUGAGAAUAUUCGGUACAAUAUUGGUGUGAUAUUACGUAGAAGUUUAAUAUUUUUGCCAACCAAUGGUUGAUUAUUUAAUAUUACGUAUUUUUGUUUUAACAUUUCGUAACGCAGCUAACAUUAAAAUAACAGUUUUAAGUUCGCUUCAUCAUCUCAUUUUUUAGUUAGACUAAAUGACUUAUUAUUAAUUUUAAUUUAAUUUGUAAGAUAAAUGGAUUCGUUGAGAACGAACGGUACCUAUAAAUGUUGUGAGUAUUAUUUUUAAUAAUUUACAGUGUGAUUUACAUGUUUAAGUAACAACUUAUGUAAAAAUAACUCUAGUCACCACAGCAUUAUAUAAAAUAAAAUACAAUGCAGGUUAUAUAUUUAUGCAUUUUACAUUAAUGUUAAGGAAAAAAACACAAUAACUCAAAAAUAAACAUGUUUAGUAAUAAAUUAGCAUGACUAGAAAUUAAAUCAAAUACGGAAAGUUAGUGUCACCAUAAUAUACCUAGAUUUUUCUGACAUGUUUUGAAGGCAUUAAAAUUAAUACUUAAAUGUUAUACUGCCGUAUAUAACUCGACAUUACAAUAAAUCAUUUCGUAAAUACAUAUAAUUACAUUUUGUAAAAUCCCUUUACGUACAAUACAAAUUCAUAGCAAAGUGUAAACUUCAGUAUUUAGCACCAUAGAAGAUAAUGUUGAUAAUAAAAAGUGAUUCAUUUAGGGCAGAUUGCCUCAAAUGUUACGAUUAACUUUUAACUUAUUCAUAUUUAUGUCUUAAAUAUAAGUAUAAAAAACUUAAAAAUGUUGAAGACAACCUAAAUUAUUCUGGAUUCGAAAAUCAGAAUUAGAUGUUAAAGUUUGAAUAUGUUAGCAGGUCGUGAUUCUGAAAGGAUUUUUGCUGAGCGAAAAACUUUUAAUACGUUUGUUCAUUUAUGAGGCAGUAAGUACGUAGUUUACAUACAAUGAAUAAAACCUUAUAUCAUUUUAGUAAGGUUUAAAAUUCAACAUAAUGUGUUACCACGAUCAAAGUGUUAGGUUUCCCUGUCAACAGGGUCAUGGAAGUCAGACAGGAGUCUGAGCCAAGCUCUAUUAUAAAAGCCAUGAUAUUGCGUACUAAUACUGCUGUAUGAAGUUAAUGUUUCUCAGUUUUAUUUAUUUUAAUUAACGAAGUAUCUCGUAUUGAUACGAAGUGAUUUGUGUUGCUGUGACAAUGUGUAUUUUAAUUAUGGGUUACUAUAACCAAAUUGUAAAAAUGAAGUAUGCGUUCUCCUCAUAC